AUGGGCAUUGAAAAUCAAGUGAGCCUAGCUAAUGACAAUAAUCAACCCAAUAGUGGAAUAAUGAACGAGCCAGAUGAUGAGAAAAUUCUUCGCAAAUUGGAUCUUCAUCUUAUUCCGACAAUGACCUUACUUUAUUUACUUAGUUUUCUCGAUCGAGUCAAUAUUGGUCAAGCCAAAUUGAAUGGUCUCACAAUAUCGCUAAAUCUUUCGAGUAUCGAAUAUAACACAUGUCUGAGUGUAUUUUUUAUAACGUAUGUCGUCUUUGAAAUUCCAUCAAAUUUGAUUUUAAAAAAGUGUCGACCAAGUCGAUGGAUUCCUUUUACUAUGGUUGCAUGGGGAACUGUCAUGACUUGUAUGGGACUUGUCAAAUCUUACCAUAGUCUUCUAAUUUGUCGACUUCUAUUGGGGGCAACUGAAUCAGGUCUCUUUCCAGGUGCUACCUUUUAUCUGUCAAGUUGGUAUAAGAGACGUGAACUUUCAUGGCGUAUCAGUAUUCUUUUCUCUGCAGCUGCAUUAGCUGGUGCUUUUGGUGGAAUUCUCGCCUAUGGCAUUAAUAAAAUGGAUGGAUUAGGUAAACAAGAAGGUUGGCGUUGGAUUUUUUAUGUAGAAGGACUGGUUACUGUUGUUGUUGGAUUACUUGCCUUCUUUCUCAUUAAUGAUUUCCCUACAGAUCGACCCAAGUUUCUCAGCGAACAAGAAUGCAAUCAUGUACUUGUUCGUCUACGUACUGAUGCUGGACCAGGUGCUAGUGAACAUUUUAGUUGGGUUCAAGUUCGUUCGGUAUUUUCCGACUGGAAAAUCUACAUUUGGUCGUUAUGUUUUCUUGGUAUGUCGGUAUCAAUCUUUUCUCUUUCGCUAUUCUCCCCAACUAUUGUACUAAGUCUUGGAUUCGUCACUUAUCAAGCUCAACUUCUCACAACACCACCAUAUGCAUUUGCAUUCAUUACAACAAUGACUACAGCUUAUUUUUCAGAUAAAUAUGCCCAUCGUUCUAUGUUUAUUCUAUCAUGGUUAGCAAUUAGUAUGACAGGUUUUGUUAUCUUAAUUAUAGCGCAAAAUUUGAAUGUGAAAUAUUUUGCUGUUUUUCUCGCGACUGGUGGCAUAUCACCUUGUGUUGCUACAUGUAUCACAUUUCUUUCGUGUAAUAUUAGUCCACAUACAAAACGAGCUACGGCACUGGCAUUUAUGCUAUCGGUCGGAAGUAUCGGUGGAGUUAUUAGCGGACAAUUAUAUAGAUCGCAAGAUGCACCUCAUUAUAUUCUCGGUCAUGCAAUCAACCUUGGGUUUUGUACAAUGAGUUUGAUUGCCUUGACUAUUCUUUUAAUUGGUCUUCAUAUGGAAAACCGACGACGUGAUCGUUUAUAUGGAUCGAUUGAUAGUACGGCAACGCCAUCAGUCAUCAAUAAAGAUCAAGUGACAACGGAUAUAUUUAAAAUAUAUACUAUGGAAGAUAGACGACAAUGGGGCUAUGAGAAAAUGACUGAAGAACAGAUUCGUAAUUUAGGUGAUAGGCAUGCAGCUUGGCGAUAUAUUUUGUAA